CCGAAUGCGUCUUCAAAUUCCCUUCCUUUUCUACUCCCAGAUCGUCCAAACAAGCAUUUCCACCACACUCUCACCAUUUCCUGCUCAACCCAAACCAGCCAGCCAUGGAAGGAACCAAGAAAUGCUCCGCCAACUACGUCCCCUUAUCUCCCAUCACCUUCCUCGACCGCUCCGCCGUCGUCUACGCCGACCGCCCUUCCCUCGUCCACGGCGCCGUCACCUACACCUGGCGCCAAACUCGCCAGAGAUGCGUCCAGCUCGCCUCUUCCCUCGCUUCCCUCGGCGUUUCCCGCGGAGAUGUGGUUGCUGCUUUGGCACCAAACAUUCCAGCAAUGUACGAGCUACAUUUCGCGGUUCCAAUGGCAGGAGCAGUUCUAUGCUCGCUCAACACACGCCAUGAUUCAGCGAUGGUCUCCGUCCUUCUCAAACAUUCAGGAUCGAAACUCAUUUUCGUGGACCACCAGUUCCUCUCCGUUGCUCAGGGAGCCCUGCAAAUCCUCUCCAAGACAUCAGCCAAGCUUCCUCGCUUGGUUAUAAUAACGGAGAGUGGUGAUCAAAUAGCUACUCCGGAUUCUUACGAGUCCCUUCUAGCCACGGGGAAUCCUGACUUUGAGAUCAUUCGGCCAAACGAUGAAUGGGAACCAGUUGCAUUGAACUACACCUCGGGCACUACAUCGAGUCCCAAAGGUGUGGUUUAUAGCCACAGAGGGGCGUAUCUGAACUCUCUUGCUGCAGCUUUGCUCAGCGAGAUGCGUUCCAUGCCGGUUUAUCUGUGGUGUGUGCCAAUGUUCCAUUGCAAUGGGUGGUGCUUCACCUGGGCUGUUGCUGCAAUGGGUGGAACGAAUAUAUGUCUGCGAAAUGUCGCUGCAGCUGGGAUCUUCGACAGCAUUGCUCGAUACAAUGUGACUCACAUGGGUGGUGCACCGACGGUGUUGAACAUGAUCAUCAAUGCACCGGAUAAUGAGAAGAAGCCGCUCCCAGGGAAGGUUGGCGUGAUGACUGGUGGGGCGCCUCCUCCUCCUCAGGUACUAUUUAAGAUGGAAGAGCUAGGAUUCGACGUCACUCAUUCCUAUGGCCUGACCGAGACCUAUGGACCUGGCACCAUAUGCACCUGGAAGCCUGAAUGGUCAUCCCUCCCUAGAGAAGAACAAGCCAAGAUCAGGUCCCGUCAGGGAGUCCAACACCUCGGCAUGGAAGAGAUCGAUGUCAAAGAUCCAGUCACCUUGAAGAGUGUUGCUGCAGAUGCGAAAACCAUGGGAGAGGUCAUGUUCAGAGGGAACACAGUGAUGAACGGUUACUUCAAGAACCAGGAAGCAACAGAUGAAGCAUUCAAAGGCGGAUGGCUGAGGAGCGGUGACUUGGGAGUGAAGCAUCCCGAUGGGUACAUAGAACUGAAGGACAGGUCGAAGGAUAUCAUAAUCUCCGGUGGGGAGAACAUCAGCACGAUCGAGGUCGAGUCCGUGUUGUUCAGCCAUCCAGCCGUGCUCGAGGCAGCAGUCGUGGGGAGGCCCGACGAGCACUGGGGGGAGACGGUUUGUGCUUUCGUGAAGGUGAAGGAAGGGGUUGGUAGUAGUGGCUUGAGUUCUGUGGAGGUGAUUCAGUAUUGUAGAGAUCGGUUGCCUCAUUAUAUGGCGCCGAGGAGCGUUGUGUUUUUGGAUGAUCUGCCGAAGACUUCGACAGGGAAGGUGCAGAAGUUUGUGCUGAGGGAGAAGGCUAAGGGCAUGGGGAGCUUGUCGAAGCAAAGGAAUAGCAAACUGUAAAAACAAAAUCGCAGGUGUGGUAACUCUUGUAAUGAGAGAUUAUUAUUAUCUGUUGUUGUGAAAUAUCAACUGUAAACCAAAUUGAUCACCCUGAGCAGGUGCCUGAGUGAGAGCUCUACCAUGACCCAAGACUCGUGAGUUCCACUCAAGUGUAAGAAUAAUUUGUUCUUUCGAAUGGAUAAAGAUUAAAGGGGAUGGCACUGCUCAUUGUACACAUAAUGAAAACAAGCCCCUAAAUCUACUCAAUUCUGUGCAAUGAAGU